AUGAGCAGCGACAGUAUCAUCAACUACUACAACACUAUCCUCCUCGGAAGAUGGAAAAAAACGAACGCGGACGUCUCGAAACUGUACACAUACGCUUUAACACACCCGGACAAAAGAGUCUCCGCUGACUCAAUGUACGACGCGACUAUCUUAUCUGGCGAGGCGGACAUUCAAAAGUUGUUAUUUGCAGCAGAGAGGUAUUGGGAGAGUGAAAUGGAUAUUAAACUCUAUAACGGUGUUUCUUUUGAUGAAUGUGUGUUGUUGAUGAAUGACUGCUUUGAGCGAAUACUGGACAAAGCAGAGAAGGAAGACCCCGAAAACAUCUCAAUGUAUUCCAUUCGAUUUGGAACGAUGUUAUAUACACUGGAACAUCCCAACAUGGCUUGCACGUAUUAUUUGAAAGCACUUGUCCCUUCAACAUCUUAUGAAUUACAAUAUUUAGUCUUCGAGACGAUAUGCAUGUUGUCACUCAAAUAUGAACUCACUACCGCACAAGCUGCUUCAUACCAACAAUUAAAUAAAUGUAUCGAACAAUACUACGAAAACAACGACGAAUCAUUGUAUCAACAAACAUGCGACAUUCUGCUCUUUUCUGUCUUGAUUCUGCUGGCUACAAAUGGACACCCAACACCAAUAGCAGAACAAUUCACGUUGUAUUCAAAGUGGAUGGCAAAGCCUCGAAAUUUGUUUAAAGUGUCUGUUGUGUCAACGUUUCAGUCGUACAACGACUCAAAUACCCCAGACCAAAUUUUUAAAACGUGUGUUGUGAUCGACAAAAGCAUUGACAGUGAUAUGAAAGGGAUGAUCAAUUAUAACCGCGUCAGGAUCUUCUUCAAAUUCAUCCUCUCAGUGUUGAAGCUGAAGUCGUUCCCAUCCCUCUUUGCCGUCUUUGAAUUGACUGAAAAACAACUCGUCGACUUGGUACCCGAAGAACACCGAGAAUUGUUUCUCUACGUCUGUUCUAAAGUGCAUAUCACAUAUGAAAACAUGGUCGCGAACACCCCAAAAAAGCAGGCGAACUAA